AGAUCACAGACAACAGGCAGACUCUCUGUUCUACCCCAAGUCUGAGAGAGAGAGAGCUGCCCGAGCAGCCAUGAAGCAGCAGCCAGUCUCCACCACCUCAACCCCUCUCCUCCUCCUCUCAUCAGGGGAGGACAGUGUGUUCAAAGCCAAAUCAAGGAGGAGGGAGACGGUCGGGGUGGCAGAGAUACAAGAGGAUGGACAACUAACAGUGGACCUGCCAAUCGACCAGGUGGAGGCCAAGGUGGUGGAGGAGCWGUGUGAUGUCAUCAUGGCGUUGUCUCCUCAGCAAGACAGUGGUGGAGGUGAAACGUUCUGCUCUAUAGUACCCAAGUCAGCCAGCUCCAAGAAGGCCUCAACCAGACUGACCAGUGCCUUUCCUGAGCAGCCAGCACCCCAAGCCGGGCCCCCAGAAACAGGGCGAGUCACCCGAACCCUCACCCACACCCCCGUAGGGAACAGCCCCACCACACCUACCAGAGACACAGAGCCCCUACAGACACAUGGCAAGACUGAGCCACAGAAUGUAAAGAAAGCCCCCAAGGUGGCGGGGAGAGCAGAAGACACAAGACGUCACUAGUCUAGCUUUACUUCAGUAUAAUACCCAAUAAACAUGUCCAUCCUCAUCUCAGCAGCCCACUUCAUUAAGAUACUACUGUACAUAUCCAUUACUGUUGUUGUGCUUGUCGUUGCGUUUGUGGUGUUUGUUGUGGUUGGGGUUGUUGUUGUUGUGGUUGUCUGAGUCAAGAGA